GCGUUGAAAGGCAUCUAUUCCAAAACACUCAUCACCUACCACUGAUAACUCCAUCCCUUCCUUCCUCUUUAUCAUCACUGACAUUUUCCCUUCAUGUCCCUCUAACUCGACCACCUUUGUGUAUGUUCUUCUUCUUCUUCUUCAGAUAGCUCCACCCCAUCUUAGAUUCACACUCACAUUUUCCACACAUGGGAAUAUGAUGUUACUUAUAUAGACACUUGCUUUUGCUGACACCCCCAAGAUUCGGGGGUCUCAAAGAUCUGGCCUUUUGGGUUUGUUCCCUUGUUUGAGCCUCUUAACUUGUGAUGGGGCUGUUUCUGAGAUCUAGGAUUUGAGGCUUGUCUUUUGUCCUUGUGAAUGAGUAGUGGUGUCAACUCUCAAGACUUUCUGAGAAAUGGGGUCUAAUCUUAAUGCUGAAUUAUCCAAGAAAACUCCCAUUUUUGGUCUAAAAGUUUGGGAAAUAUUUGGAAUUGUAGUUGGAUUGUCUAUAAUAGUCAUUCUUUCUGUGGUCUCACUUUGCCUAACCUCAAGGAAGAAAUCUAGAAAAGAUAAAGACAAGAUUCCCCUUAGUCAAAUACCAACUGUCUCAAAGGAAAUCAAGGAAGUGCGGGUUGAACAAGUGCCAACUAAUGUAUUUGCUCCUCGUGAUGGAAUACUUCUCACGAUUCAGGAUAAGUCCAGUGACAAGGAAUCAGACAAGGUCAUGGUUCAUUUAGGUGUGGGGAAGAUGAAGAAUGGAGAUAGUGGCACUCACUCAGAUUCAUUUCAUUACAUUGAGAAAGAUGGAGGCGUUUCACACUCACAGUCAGGAGAAGAAGGUAGCUCUGGCACGGUUACAGUGUACAAGCAAUCUUCUUCAUACCCUAUAACAGCUCCUUCACCUCUAUCUGGCCUUCCAGAAUUCUCUCACUUGGGUUGGGGUCACUGGUUUACCUUGAGGGAUCUUGAACUUGCUACGAACCGUUUUUCCAAAGAAAAUGUCCUCGGUGAAGGCGGCUAUGGAGUGGUUUAUAGGGGACAGUUGAUCAAUGGAACUCCAGUGGCAGUUAAAAAGAUACUUAAUAACACAGGUCAAGCAGAGAAAGAAUUUAGAGUAGAAGUUGAAGCUAUUGGCCAUGUCCGACACAAAAACUUGGUUCGACUUUUGGGGUACUGCAUUGAGGGAACUCUCAGGAUGUUAGUUUAUGAGUAUGUCAAUAAUGGAAACUUAGAGCAAUGGCUUCAUGGAGCUAUGCGUCACCAUGGAUACCUUACGUGGGAAGCACGUAUCAAGAUUCUCCUUGGCACAGCCAAAGCGCUAGCGUAUUUGCAUGAAGCAAUUGAGCCAAAGGUGGUGCACCGUGAUGUAAAGUCAAGCAACAUAUUAAUUGAUGAUGAUUUCAAUGCCAAGGUUUCUGAUUUUGGCCUGGCCAAAUUAUUGGGUGCUGGGAAGAGUUAUGUCACAACAAGAGUUAUGGGAACUUUUGGAUAUGUGGCUCCUGAAUAUGCAAAUACUGGCCUUCUAAAUGAGAAGAGUGAUGUUUAUAGCUUUGGUGUUUUGCUAUUGGAAGGAAUUACUGGUAGAGAUCCAGUUGACUAUGGUCGACCAGCAAAUGAAGUGAACCUUGUUGAUUGGCUGAAAAUGAUGGUUGGAAACAGGAGAUCAGAAGAAGUGGUGGACCCCAACAUUGAGGUGAAGCCAUCCACCAGAGCUUUAAAACGGGCUCUCUUAACUGCUUUAAGAUGUGUAGAUCCAGAUUCUGAGAAAAGGCCCAAGAUGGGCCAAGUUGUACGAAUGUUGGAGUCAGAGGAAUACCCUUUACCAAGAGAGGACCGAAGACACCGAAGAAGAAAUCGAGAGGGUAGUGGAGAAAUUGAGUCCCAGAAGGAAUAUUCUGACACAGACAGGAGUGAGAUUCAGGAUUCAAGAGAAGAAAGAAGAGGGUGAACAACAGACAUGACCCCAAGAAUUCGGUGGGUUGGUGGGAUUUAUAAAUUGGUAGCUUUUUUUUUCCUCCAUAGCUUUUUAGAUUCUUGGAUUUUUGCCUACCUCAGAUGGGCAUGGCAAAGGGGCUGGCACAGCUGGAGAUAUUUUUAUUUUUUAUUUUUUUCCCAUGCAUUGGUUCUUGGUGUCCUUUUGUUUGUAUAUAGGAUAGAUAUUGUUUGUGUAUGAAGGUGGAUGGUAUUUCUAAGAUAAGAACCCAUAAUAUUGGGGUGUGUACAGAAUUUGAUAUCUUAAUUCCAAAAUAUGUUCCAUAAAUCUGUGAGAAGGAUCAAUUAAUGAUUUUGAGAAA